AGAGCUACUUGACUCCUAUCACUAACUUUUCAUAUAAAUAGCCGUAGAAAAUAAAUCUUAAUUUGUUGUUUCAGUAUUCUCAAAACAAUGAAAGGUGUUGUGUUGGUUAGUUUUUUUGUAGUUGCCGUCAGUGCCCACUCUUUGCUUGAGCAGGAUGGGAUCAAAUUCCAGUCUUUCAAGUUGGAGCAUGGCAAAACCUACCAAAAUCCAGCCGAGGAAACCGCUCGCUUUGCUAUCUUCAGAGACAACCUUCGUUCUAUUGAAAGACAUAAUGCUCGUUACGAACAAGGCCUUGAAACCUAUACACAAGGUAUCAACAAAUUCGCUGACAUGACCCACGCUGAAUUUAAGGCCAUGCUUAAACUGCAGUACCGCGGUAAACCUGCCAUGAAAUCCACCAAAAAUUUCGAACUUCCCAAAGAAGCUACCGUACCCGACUCCAUUGACUGGAGAGAGAAGAACGCCGUAACCGAAAUCAAAAAUCAGGGAUUUUGUGGAGCAUGCUGGGCUUUUGCCGUUACAGGAACAACCGAAGGUGCCUAUGCCAUCAAGACAGGAAACCUUACCUCCCUUUCUGAACAACAACUCAUUGACUGCGCCCUUGAAAUGAAUAUAGGUUGCCAAGGUGGGCAGUUGGAAGAAAACUUUCCCUACAUUGAGGAAUAUGGUCUUGAAUCCGAAGCAGAUUAUCCAUUCGAAGGUACUGACGGCACUUGCAGAUAUGACUCUACUAAAGUUGUAACCUACGUUAGCUCUUAUGUCGCCUUCAAUGGUAGUGAAGACAAAUUGAAAGAAGCUGUUGGUACUGCAGGUCCAGUAGCUGUUGGUAUAGACGCUGAUUACAUCCAACUCUACGAAAGUGGAAUAUUCAGCGACUCCGAUUGUAACCCUAAAGCCUUAGACCAUGCCGUCUUAGUUGUUGGAUACGGAACUGAAAAUGGUACUGACUACUGGCUCAUCAAAAAUUCAUGGGGCGCUUCUUGGGGUGAAUCUGGAUAUUUCAGAUUCUUGCGUGGAGUUAACCAAUGUGGCAUUCAAGCCGAUAACACAUACCCCAUCAUAUAAAUUGUUUUUAUAUUUAACAUAUUUUGUAAAUUUUGUACAAAAUAAAUUGUUAAUCAUUAUGUGACAUGCAAUUAAUAAAUAUUUUAAUAU